CGGAGAAAAGGGAAGGCGGAAGUGAGUCUAUGAACCGCAGCAGGAGCGUUGCUAGAGUGAAGUCAGGAUUCUGUUCCUAUCUUUCGUACCCCGUCCUGGUCGGACUGAACCCAGAAAAGCAGGGCAGAAGGGCCCAGUUCAAGUCCUAAGCCCUAGGGCGGGACCGCACAACCAUACUGGAUAUCAAAGACGGUGUUUCAGAGCUUGCCAUUGAAAGGCCUAACUUCCAUUUGCUGGGUGGGGAUGUAGCUAGCUAGCCGAGAGUGUCUGUCUCUUCUGUAGCUAAUCUGCUAGCUACCUACCUACCCACAAAGAGUGAACUAACGUUAGCUAGCUAGCGCCAGUCUGUGCUGAACUCGGCAGGAGACAAAUGCAUCUAACGAUUAUCUCCACGUAUUGACAAUAGCUCCAAAGAAAAGAGGUGAAGCUGGCGUGCGCCUGUGCGCAUGCCUGAGCAGUCGGCCCGGGUGUGAGAGGGAGUGAGUUCGCUGCCUUGCCUGGCUGAAUCUCUCACUGCCCUGGACAUGAUGGGGCCGCGCCGGAAGUCCACCAAAACACAGAGCGCAGGAGGGGGGUCGGCUGAUCCCCUCAGGCUAGAGGAGCCCAAGGACUACAUCAACGAGCUGUCUCACGAAGUGCUCUGCCACAUAUUCCGGUACCUGCCCAUGCAGGACAUCAUGUGCAUGGAGUGCCUGUCGCGGAAGCUGCGGGAGGCGGUGACGCUCUACCUGCGCGUGGUCAAGGUGGUGGACCUGUGCGCCAGUCGCUGGUGGGAGUACAUGCCCUCAGGCUUCACGGACUCCAGCUUCCUCAUGCUGCUGAAGAAGAUGCCGGAUCUGGAGCAGCUGUACGGCCUGCACCCGCGCUACCUGGAGCGCCGCAGGGUGCGCGGGUACGAGGCCUUCAGUAUCCCCGGGGUCCUGGAGGCCCUGCAGGCCUGCCCCAAUCUGCUGGGGGUGGAGACGUCUCACCUGGAGCUGGUGGAGGCCGUCUGGAACUACAUGCCCCAGGUGCACAUCCUGGGGAAGUUCCGCAACCGCAACGGCGCUUUCCCCAUCCCCCCGGAAAACAAGCUCACCAUUCCCGUCGCCGCCAAAAUACAGACCCUGCACCUCGUAGGGGUCAACGUGCCAGAGAUCCCCUGCGUGUCCAUGCUCAGGCACCUCUACCUGAAGUGGGUGCGCCUGACCAAACCCCAGCCUUUCAAGGACUUCCUGUGCGUGAGCCUGCGCACCUUCGUCAUGAGGAACUGCGCCGGCCCCACCAACUCGCUCAAGUACGUGCCGCUGGUGACCGGCCUGGCCUCCGCCCGCAACCUGGAGCAGCUGGAGCUGGUCAGGGUGCCCUUCCUGGGGGGCCUGAUCCAGCACGUGGUGGAGGACAGCUGGAGGUCCGGUGGGUUUCGCAAUUUGCACACUAUCGUGUUUGGUGCCUGUAAGAAUGCGCUGGAAGUUGACCUGGGCUACCUCAUUAUUACUGCAGCUCGCAGGCUGCAUGAAGUUCGAAUCCAGCCUUCCCUAACCAAAGACGGGGUAUUCUCCGCACUGAAGAUGGCCGAGCUGGAGUUCCCUCAGUUUGAGACUUUGCACCUUGGAUAUGUGGACGAGUUCCUGUUGCAGUGUAAAAUGAGCCAUUCGGAGCUCGUGAAGUACGGCCUGGCGGACGUGAUUGAGAAUCCUGGCAUCAUCACGGACAUCGGAAUGAAAGCUGUCAAUGAAGUCUUCUCCUCCAUCAAGUAUCUGGUCAUCUAUAACUGCCCACACCUCCACAAUCCUCACAACUGGAUCACAGAUCACUCGCGCUGGAGCCGGCUGGUGGACCUGACGCUGGUGCGCUGCCACGCCAUCAAGCUGGAGUCCUUCAGCCAGUUCAUCGAGAUGCUGCCCAGCCUCGAGUUCAUCUGCCUGGACCAGAUGUUCCGCGAGCCGCCCAAGGGCUGUGCCCGGGUGGGUCUGAGCGCGGGCACGGGCAUCGGCGUCUCCUCGGCGCUGGUUAGCAACCAGAACUCCAACAACGACAACGACAACAACAACAACAACAACCACCAGAACAACAACGGCAACAUCCCGCCCGCCAACGACGAGAACGGAAACGAGCCGGGUAGAGUUCCACAGCAGCAGCAGAACAACCAGGAGGAUCUGAAUGAGGUGGAGGAGGUUAUGCAGGAGAACAUGGAGGUGGAGCCAGUGCCUGUGGCAGCCAAUCAGGAAGAGGAAGCUCCAGGCCCCAGCCAAUCCACCAGCUCCACGCUGGACCUGGACGAGGAGCAAGCAGGCCCCAGUGGGGUUCAGUCGGCUGUGAAGAAGCAGCCCGUCGUGGUGUCGGACUCUGACAGCGAGGAUGAGGAGGAGCCUGACAGGCGCCUGGGCGUGGCCCGGACUGGACCUGCGUACCAGGAGCCCGGGGAGAAGGGGGCUCGGCCCGAGGAGCCGGGCGGACAGAACAGUAAAGGGAAGACGCCCCUGCGGAGGAGAGCGCCCCCGCUCCACGAGCGCAGCUGUGAGAAGGGUUGCCAGGUGACCAGCGAGCAGAUCAAAGCGGACAUGAAGGCGGCGUCGGAGACGCCCGAGCGGGGGUGCACCACGGGGGGCUGCGUGUGCUCCAUACGCUGGCGGGAAGACUCGGCCAAUCAGGAGGAGGGGGCGGGCGGGGCGGCGGCCGGGGGCGAGGGCACCGUCAGGACUCGCUGCACCUGCAGCAGGGCUCGCCCCGGCCCGGAGGGGGGGCGGACUCGAGGCGGGGCGCACCCCCCGAAUGCGUCGGGGGGCGGGGACAACCCGGCCGCCCGGGAGCCCGCGCGCGGGCCGACGGAAGGGGGCGGAGCCGCCUCGGGGGAGGGGUCACGGCCGAGGGAGGCGGGGGGCUCGGAGGCCCCGCCCAGGACGCGGGGGGUGUCGCAGCAGCACGCGCCUCAGGACAGGCCUCACAGGGAGGGGUUUCCACGACGACCCGUCACCCGGGCCCGGAGUAGGCUCUCCAGCGUCCCCCUGGUGUCCGAAUCAGAGCUGUCGAAACCAAAGCCCCGCGUCGCCGUCAAGAGGAAACGCAUGGCCGACAAGUCCACCAGCACCAGCGACCCGGUCACCGAGGACGACCACGUGCAGGUGCUGACGCUGAAGUCCAAAAACCUGGUGGGGAUCACGCUCACCAACUGCGGGAUCACGGACCUGGUGCUGAAGGACUGCCCCAAAAUGAUGUUCGUUCACGCAACGCGCUGCCGGGUGCUGAAGCACCUGAAGGUGGAGAGCGCGCCCAUCGUGAACCGCUUCGACUACGCCCAGUGCAAGAAGCUGGACAUGGAGCAGGUCCUGGACCAGAUCCUGCGCAUGCCCCCCGAGAGGAACCGCAUCAUCUACAUGCGCCCCAUGCAGCAGGUGGACUCCUUAGCCCUGGAGAGGAAGCUGUUUUGCGGGCCGUACCCCUACCACAUCGGCAUCAUCCACGAGUUCAGCAACCCCCCCAACGUCAGGAACAAAGUGCGCGUCCGCAGCUGGAUGGACACCAUCGCCAACAUCAGCCAGGAGCUCAUCAAGUACGAGUUCUUUCCUGAGGCGACCCGGACGGAAGAGGACGUCAAGAAGUACACCAGCUACCCGUGGGGCCGGGACAUCUACACCUUAGAGGGCGUGGUGGACGGCGCGCCGUAUUCCAUGAUCACGGACUUCCCGUGGCUGCGUACGCUACGCACCGCCGAGCCCAACAGCUACGCGCGCUACGACUUCGAGGACGACGAGAGCACCACCAUCUACGCGCCCCGGCGGAAGGGCCAGCUGUCGGCGGACAUCUGCAUGGAGACGAUCGGGGAGGAGAUCUCGGAGAGGCGGCAGACGCGGCGCGGCGUGUUCCAGCGCGUGGUGGCCAUCUUCAUACACUACUGUGACGUGCGCGGCGAGCCCGUGGAGGACGACUACAUCUAGCGCCCCCUGCUGGCCGAGAGGGGGGUGUGGGGGCGGCGGGCGGCGGGGGGAAAGCAAACGGUGCAGGGGGGUAGGGGGCGGAGCCUCCCGUCCUCAGCCCUCACUGAGCUCCGCCCCCCUGCCGCCGCCGACUCCGCCCACAAUGACUGUUGCCAGGGAGACUAGCGAGUGACUGAAUGUGGUGACUUAGUGAGGCACUGGGGCAGAUCGAGUGGCCUUGAUUUUGUGUUGUUGACUUUUACCUUAUCAGGGGGGGUAAAGGCUGCCCUCAUGUACACAUUCAACAGCCAUUAUUCUAGGUUUUUUUUUUUUUUUGUGAGUGUGGUUUUCCAUCUAUGGCGAAUGGCUGUGGGGGCGGGGGGGGUUCCCCUUGAUCAUGAUUUGUUUUUGCUGUCCUACCUGGCUAGGAUUUGGGUGGCUGAUGAUGACAUUGCACGGUCUCGAGCGAUACACUGCUUUCGGCGAGAGGCAGUGGCGUCGGCGGUGGGGUCAGAGAGGCGUGCGCUGUGGCCUGUAGAUCAACACUCAGCAGCACACAGGGAAGUGUACAUGCACACACAUGUACUGGGGAGAAACCCACGUGGCAAAAAAAAAAAAAAAAAAAAAAAAGGAACUUUCUUGAGGAGGGCAACUCAAGAUAGCCUCCAUGGGAUGUCAAGUAUUAAAAGAGCAGCACUGUUAUUCUUUUUUUUUUUUUUUUUUUUUUUAAUCCUUUUUUUCCCCCAUUUUUCUUCCUAUCCUUGAAAGGGUCUUUCCCUGUUAUGUGUACGUUUGAGAGUUGAAUCCUGCCGUAGGGAGUGUGACUGUUUGAGUUCUUUCCUUGCCUCCUACCUCUGGUGCUCAGACACAGGCUUCAGGAGAGCACCCGCUUGCAAAGCUAGAUGCUAGAAGUGCCCUUAGGUUCGUUUGUGAUGAUCUUUUUUUUUUUUUGUCAGUUAUUUUUUAAAAUUAUUAUUAUUAUUAUUAUUAUUAUUAUUGUUAUUAUUUUGGCUUCAUUUUAAGGAGGUUUCCCUUGUUUUAGUCUUCUUUCUCACUUUUGCUGUUUGUAGUAGUGUCAGUGGGGGUAGGUAUAUUUCGUUGACACUGGUGCGAGUCCCGGACACAUGGGGCAAAACCGCAAACCGUUCCGUAGCCUUCAGAAGGAGCUCCGUAGUCUCAGAGGAAACUUUUUCGUUUGCUGGAUUUAUUGCCGUCUUCUUCGAUUCCUCCCCAAGCUUCUGAAAGAACAAAAAUAACAAUGUACUCCGGUACCAGAGGUCUUUUUCGCACAAACAUUUAAACUCACCCCCCACCCCUCCCCACCACCCUCUUAAUUCAACCCAGGUUUCAGGAGUCCAAAAAAACGAAAAAAAAAGCUGGUUUGGAUCGAGGGCUUAGCUGGUUAGGUUCCAAACUUGAACCCUCAAACUGCCACCUCCGGAAGAUUCUGCUUGUUUGUGUCCCCGACGCGAGUCAUCCUCUUGCCAUAAAAGCCAGCGUGCGCAACGUGUGCGUGUGUGGAAUUCCCAGAGCGUUCUAUCAUUUCAGAGGGAACAUGGGGGAGAACACUUCCAGUGUUAAUGAUUAUUAUUAUUAUUAUUAUUUUUCAUUUGCAUUGAAACGUUGAGGGAGAAUGGAAAUUUUCUUCUGGAUGCAUUAGGGAGGUUUAAAUAGAUCCAUAAGACAUAACCCCCCCCCCCAUGGUGUCACCCAGCAUUGGAAGCUGGGUUCCCACAGUCCUGAACAGGAAGUGAGAUAUGUGUAUGCGAGUAAACAUACACUUUUUGUCUUAAAUUACACAUGCGUGAUGCUGAGUAAGAAAAACUGUGAACUCUGUGUUCCUUAAGUCUUCUGUAAAAAAAUAAAAUAAAAUUUAAAAAAGGAAAAAAAAAUAAUAAAAAAGAGAAAAGAAAGGGCACUGUUUUAAGAGUUUGAAAGCCAUUAAAGUGUGUUACUCCCAUUCUUGCUGCUCUGGUUUCUGCCUUCUCUGGGUGACUCCCGCUACCUGUUUAUCAGUGACAAGCCGGGCGAUGCUUGUGGAUCGAACCUAUAGCCACGCUAAGCACUGCAAAAACCUGUGUACAAAACCCAUGUACAGAUAAUGCUGUAUUUAAAGGAUCUUCCAAGAUUUGUUUUAUAUGUUUAUAUAAAAAAAAAUAACUAUUUCACAUAAUAAAAAGGGAGAAAUUAA